AAGGCCUUUCAGAAUCAAGGCCUCUUGAGCCUGCUGAGGCUGUACGUGUUCAACUGAUUGCAGGCCAGGAUUGCUUCCAAGACGCUAUUCUUGCUCCGGAUAGUUGUAUCAAAGCUCGUUCACCCGGACCUUGGGCUUCUGGUCGUUAUUGCAGGACAAGGCAUCUGGUGGCCACCAUGCUGCUGGACAUGCGCUGCUUGGAUCCCCCCUCGCUGAGGCGACAGGUUCCAGAGGCGGGGGCUGGGACCCUGCUGGGACUUCCGGGGUUUGAGCUCCCAGCUGUGAAAGACCUCGAUGGCUUUGAGGCUGCGGCGGUGGACCUGGUGAAGCCGGCGCACGGCACCACCACGUUGGCCUUCAUCUACCAGCACGGGGUGGUGGUGGCCGUGGACUCGCGCGCCAGCAUGGGACCCUACAUCUCGUCCCAGACGGUCAAGAAGGUGAUUGAGAUCAACCCGUACCUGCUGGGGACCAUGGCCGGUGGCGCCGCUGACUGUCAGUUCUGGCAGCGGGACCUCGGCAUCCAGUGCCGGCUGCACGAGCUGGCCAACAAGAAGCGCAUCAGUGUGACCGGCGCGUCCAAGCUGCUGGCCAACACGCUAUACGGCUACAAGGGAAUGGGCCUCUCAAUGGGGACCAUGGUCGCGGGGUGGGAUGAGACGGGGCCGGGUCUGUUCUAUGUCGACAGCGAGGGUUCACGUGUCCGAGGGAAGCGCUUCUCGGUGGGCUCGGGGUCCACGUAUGCGUAUGGGGUUCUGGACACAGGGUACCAGUGGAACAUGAGCCGCGAAGAUGCGCAGGAGCUGGGGCGGCGCGCCAUCUACCACGCCACCUUCCGGGACGCCUACAGCGGGGGCACCGUCAGCGUGUACCACGUGGGCAAGGACGGGUGGACCAAGGUGAGCGGGGACGACGUGGGGGAGCUGCACUACAAGUACUACGCCGUUCCUGACCCCAAGCAGGAGGCGGAAGCGAAGAUGGAGACGGAAGCGAAGACGGAAACUGAGGGUGCCGAGGGGAAAGAUACUUCCGAGAUGAAGGACUAGGUCGCCAAUGAAGCACCGUCUCACCAACUUUCUGUUAUUGUAUAUUGAUUGUAUUGACUGUCUCCGCUUGCUUGCCGUUCUCUGAAUGCACCCUUUUAUCAGGUUGCAAUGCUUCUUCAGUGCCU